CUCAGCCCCUCCACCAGCUGGCCAUCUCUGUAUCCCACCUCUUCUCUCUCUCUGUGCACUUUAACCUUCCUGCCUUGGUAUAUAUAGUCUGUGUGACUAUCAGAGUUCUCCUGGCAGCCAUCAUGAAGGGUGCAGUCUCGAUCUGUUUCCUCUCUCUGCUGCUUUUGCAGGCCACAGCAGAAGAAGAAGAAGAUGUUACCUCCGUCCUUAGAGACAGAUCUCACAUCGAUGAGACGCUGCGGCUUGCAAUGGAGGAAAAAGCAGGAGACUAUGCAGCGGCUCUGGAGAGGUUGCGGAAGAUCUACCAUACGUCCAUCAAGCCGAUGGAGCAGGCCUACAAGUACAACGAAUUGAGGCAGCACGAGAUCUCAGCCUACCCGGGAAGAACCCUGGGGGACUCAGCCACAGAUGGAGAGAUUACCUCCAAGCCCAUGGUGCUAUUCCUGGGACCGUGGAGUGUAGGAAAGUCCUCCAUGAUCAAUUACCUCCUGGGCUUGCAUGACAGCCCCUACCAGCUCUACACAGGAGCUGAGCCUACUACCUCUGAAUUUACAGUUAUUAUGCACGGGGAAAAGAUCCGCUCUGUUGAGGGUAUCGUUAUGGCGGCUGACAGCUCGCGCUCCUUCUCUCCCCUGGAGAAGUUUGGCCAAAACUUUCUGGAAAAGCUGAUUGGUAUUGAGAUGCCCCACAAGCUUUUGGAGCGUGUGACGUUCGUCGACACACCGGGAAUUAUUGAGAACCGGAAACAGCAGGAAAGAGGCUAUCCUUUCAAUGAUGUCUGUCAGUGGUUCAUUGACCGUGCUGACCUGAUCUUUGUCGUGUUUGACCCCACCAAGCUGGACGUUGGUCUGGAGCUAGAGAUGCUCUUCAGGCAGUUGAAGGGUCGUGAGUCACAGAUUCGCAUCAUCCUGAACAAGGCUGACAACCUGGCCACCCAGGACUUAAUGAGAGUUUACGGAGCGCUCUUCUGGAGCUUAGCUCCCCUCAUCAAUGUCACUGAGCCUCCCCGUGUCUAUGUCAGUUCCUUCUGGCCAUAUGAGUAUGCACCUGACACCAGCCGGGAGCUCUUCAAGCGGGAGGAGAUCUCUCUUCUGGAGGAUCUCAACCAGGUGAUCGAAAACCGCAUGGAGAAUAAGAUUGCCUUCAUCCGCCAGCACGGUAUCCGUGUACGCAUCCACGGCUUGCUGGUAGACCGCUACGUCCAGACCUUUAAAGAGAAGAUGAGCUUCUUCAGUGAUCCCGAGUUAGUCUUCCAGGAGAUUGUAGAUGACCCAGACAAGUUUUACAUUUUCAAAUCCAUCCUAGCCAAGACCAACGUCAGCAAAUUUGACCUGCCCAACCGCGACGCUUACCGUGACUUCUUUGGCAUCAACCCUAUCACCAACUUCAAGCCUCUGUCAGCUCAGUGCUCCUACAUCGGAGGCUGCCUGCUUGAUAAGAUUGAGAAGGCAAUCACCACUGAGUUGCCUGCCCUUCUGAGCAGCAUUAACUCUGGCAAGCAGCCUGGCCUGUCCUCCUGCGAGGCCACCGGCUGUGGCGAGAAGCCAAAGAAUCGUUACCGAAAGAACUGAGGAACACAAAAUACUCUAAAGGUAGAAAGGAGAAGGUGAAGAGAAAGGGUCUGGUCGAUGCCAACCCUGCUUUUUGUCAGAACGCUUGUAUCACUAAUGGAGACAGAGGCGAGAAGAUGCAAUUUUUUUUUCCUUUUUUUAAGGGGAGGUGCAUUUAAGGUCCGUAGGAUUGAAAGAGAUAGCGGGAGGGAGGGGUCAUCGAUAAAGGCAGCUUAAGGAUACAAGUGCUGAAGAAAUGAGAACAUGCCUCUCUCCCUUGCACAACCACUCUGGACUGUCUGGGACUUUGGGAUUGGGAAAUCAAUGAUGUGAAUAAAAGAGGAAAUGGGAAAGAUUAAAUGAGAACGAAUAAAAAGUUUAAAUCCUGAACAAAAAAAAGUCAAAUACCAGCUCCCUUGUAUGUGAAUAAAGGAAAAAAGUGGAAACAGAAAUGUGUGUUGGACAACUUGUGAGAAUUGCAUUGCAGCAGGUUAAUUCCACACGCUUCAGGAAGCUGUUUUUGAAGUAGCCCCUUGUGUGGGUGCCAUGCAGAGCUAGACAUCCAAACCUUUGCUUUUGAAUUAGAUUAACACUGCAUGUUCGAAAUUACAGGAGGUGCAUGUAUUUUCCCUCUGACACAAGCAAAAGUCCCUUGUGUUACUGACACCUGCAACACAUGUGGCCGUUUCUUUGUUUUGGUUAUUUUUCAUCAUAAUUUUGUAUGCUCGCCAGUCUUGGUUGUUGACAACCUCUGAGAACAGCAGGGGUCAGGGAUCAAAGGUCAGAGUCUUCAGUGCAGAGUGGGUGUGUUCACUCUGCUUGUAACUGUUGUUACUCUUUUUUUGUGUUUGUUGUUUUUGUUUGAGUCUAUAAAUUUGCUUUCAGCAGGAUUUAAAUGCUGCGUAGGGUUUAUUUUCCCCUCAGUGAUAAGCUUCUCAGCCUUUUCUUUUAAGUGAUCAUAUAAAAAUAACAUAUGAAUGAGGGUUUCAAAUGAUUUAUUCUGCCAAUUAUUCUGCAGGUUAGAAAGAUAUUUGCCAUUUUUUUCUGUAUAAAUAGCCAAAUGGCCAGUUGAGUAAGCUAUAUAUAUAUGUAUAAAUAUAUAUAUAUAUAUAUACAUAUACACACACACACAUAUAUAUUCUCUGCUGCAAAAUUUUGAAAAUUGCUGCCAAAGUGUGGUCGAUCUUUGCAGAUUUCCCAGCUUGCAAAAAAAAAGAAAAGAAAAAAAAUGUGAGAUAGAGGUAAAGGAGAAGUGGAGGACUGAUGAGUUGACCCCUGACCUCUAUGGAGAGAAGGAAAGCAGAAGGUAGCUUUUACCGCAAAUUCCUGUGUACUGUGCCUCAAUAAAUGUCCUAAACACACUUGGACAGUCUGGGCAUUGAACAAUGGAUAUUUCGCUUGUUGGCUUCAGCUUUGUGGAGUCUCUGCACACCCUAGCAUGUUAUUUCUUUUUCUUUGGCUUUAUAAGUUGUAAAAGACAAAAGAUCAAAUGUGUUAGGGUUAGCAGCUUCUGACAGAGCCAGGCUCGUUGCUUCCAGUAUUGGUGCUGAUCUGAUUCAGUAUAUUUUUCCAAAUUUUUCCAAGAAUGCUUCGUACACAAAGUCCUAAAUCGUAAAGAACAGGUAGGUGGUUCUAAGCUAACCCCCCCAAAAUAAAGUUGACUCAUGGCCAAGUGCACUUCCUGUUUCCUCCACGUGUCCUAACGUGUCACUAACACCCCUGCUGCUUUUCCCAACUAAACUCUGAAGCAUGAUGCAAAAGAAUAUAGCAAACAUAACCUCCAAAUAAGCUUAACUUUGAAUAACUUUUCAGUUUGAGUGUGAGUGCUGCACAGGGUGUUUAGUAUGUUUACACUGCAGAUUCAGAACAUGCCCACUAGAGAGAGCUGUGUAAAAAGAGGAAAGAAAAUGCAGACCACUGGCAAAAGUUUAUAGUGGGAUUGAUCGCUCAGGCUUUGUAACAUUAGGUGGUUGCAUUUCUUUUUUGUGUACUUGAGUGUAAUUUAUCUUCAUUUACCUGUGAAUUAGAUAUUGAAUGGAUGUGCAUCCCAUUAAAGUAGUUGUUGAUUCACUUUUUUUUCCUUUUUUAAAAAAAUUUAAGUUCAUCUUGGCCUAAUUUUUGCAAGCUUGACCAUCAAGAAUAAAGAUUUCUGAUGGACCAAGCAGUGAAACUUUGUGGUUAUUCAAAUAAAAUGAUCAAUCUUUGGACUCAAACAAGAAAA